GGAAGGAAGGAAGGAAGGAAUAAAGAAACACCACGCAGGGCCUCGGGGCUCUUUCAUUUUGAGAUGGGGAACAAAUCAGAUAGCUUGCGAAGUUUGCCGGGGGUCUGGCGGGGUGGGGUGGCCUCUGAGCGCGGAACUCUAGUGAACGGCCUGCGGGCAGCCCGGGAGCCUUUGAGGGUAGGACCGUUGCGCAGCAACGCGCGCAGAGCGGGCGGAAAUGGGACUGGUGUCCCUCAGCGCGGAGGCGGCUGGGCUGGACGCUCAGAGCGCCCUUGUCAGCCCAGACCCACCUGACACGUGCCCAACCCCAUCCCUCCCCGUCGCCUGGAGACGCGGCCUGGUCCAGCGGGGUCCUUGGGAUGGUGCUCAAGGCCUUCUUCCCCACAUGCUGCACCUUGGCAGACAGUGGCCUGUUGGUGGGUCGUUGGAUCCCAGAGCAGAGCAGUGCCGUGGUCUUGGCUGUGGUGCACUUUCCCUUCAUCCCCAUCCAGGUCAAGGAGCUCCUGGCCCAGGUGCAGCAGGCCAGCCAGGUAGGUUUGGUUGUGCUGGGCACCUGGUGCCAUCACAAGCAGGAGCCUGAGGAGAGCCUAGGCCACUUCCUGGAGGGUCUGGGUACCAUCUUCUCUCACGAGCCCUGGCUGCAGCUAUGCUGGGAGAAGGGCAGCAAGUUCUGGAGCUGCAAGGCUACCCACCAGCAAAGUUCCACCAUCCCUGGUGUUCCCAUUGAGGACCAUGUCAUGCUUAUCUUCUAUGACCAGCGUAAGGUGCUGCUGUCCUAUCUGCAUCCACCCACAGUUCUGCCUGACUGCCAGGCUGGAGACGCCACAGCCAGUGCAGAGGGCCUGGCUGCUAUCUUUGACACAGUGUCACGCAGUGAGGCGCUGUUCUGCAAAAACCAAUUUGAUGAGGACCCGGUGAGGCUGAGCCACUGGCAAUCGGAAGGUCUGGAGGCCAGUAUCCUCGUGGAGCUGGCAAAGAAGGCUUCAGGGCCUGUCUGUCUGCUGGUGGCCUGCCUGCUGUCACUGGUCUCAGCUGCAAGUGCCUGCCGGCUGUGGAAGCUGUGGCCUCUGCCCUUCAUCGCCAGCAAGUUCUCCACCUGUGAGCAGCUCCGGCACCGGUUUGAGCACCUCACGCUCGUCUUCAGCACCCAGAAGGCCCGGGGCCCUGCUCAGUUGAUGAGGAAGGCCAACAUGCUGGUCUCUCUGCUCCUGGAUGUGGCCCUUGGCCUCACACUGCUGUCCUGGCUCCAUAGCAGUAACCGAAUUGGGCAACUUGCUGACGCCCUCAUCCCCAUGGCUGACCAUGUGGCCGAGGAGCUCCAGCAUCUGCUGCAGUGGCUGAUGGGUGCUCCUGCUGGGCUCAAGAUGAACCGGGCACUGGACCAGGUGCUGGGCCGCUUCUUCCUGUACCACAUUCACCUGUGGAUCAGCUAUAUCCACCUCAUGUCUCCAUUCAUCGAACGUAUCCUGUGGCACGUGGGCCUCUCAGCCUGCCUGGGACUGACAGUUGCCCUCUCCAUCCUGUCGGACAUUCUUGCCCUCCUCACCUUCCACAUCUACUGCUUCUAUGUCUACGGUGCCCGGCUGUACUGCCUGAAGAUCUACGGCCUGUCCUCUCUCUGGCGUCUGUUCCGGGGGAAGAAGUGGAACGUGCUGCGUCAGCGGGUGGACUCCUGCUCUUACGACCUAGACCAGCUCUUCGUUGGAACCUUGCUCUUCACCAUCCUGAUCUUUCUCCUGCCCACCACGGCUCUGUACUACCUAGUGUUCACGUUGCUCCGGCUCCUGGUGGUCACUGUACAGGGCUUGAUCCAUCUGCUUGUGGACCUCAUCAACUCCCUACCUCUGUACUCACUUGGCCUUCGACUCUGUCGGCCUUACAGACUGGCAGCUGGCGUGAAGUUCCGUGUCUUGGAGCAUGAGGCAGGCAGGCCUCUCCGCCUCAUGAUGCAGAUAAACCCCCUGCCCUACAGCAAUGUGGUGCACACCUACCGCCUGCCAACCUGUGGCUGCCAUCCCAAGCACUCGUGGGGCUCCCUGUGCCGCAAACUGUUUUUUGGAGAGCUUAUCUACCCCUGGAAGCAGAAAGGGGAUAAGCAGGACUGAGGUACCUGGCUGUGGUCUGCUCAGCACCACUGCACAGCCCACUAUCACACCUCUCAGUCAUUGUGGCAUUGAGCUUUGGGUUCAUGGGCUCCCAAGUGUGGGCAGGCUUUGUUCUAAAUCCUAUCCUGAUACUGGGGGCCUCACCAGGCCAUGUGAGGCAGCCUCCUCUCAGCCCACACUACAUCCCACUCUAGCACCAUUGGCUUUGGGACCUGACUCUGGUCUGCUGUGGUCUCCACACUGCCUGAUCCCCAGCAUCUCCCAGGUCAGCCUCUGGAGAGUACUGGCAGGUCCCUCUGGCUGUUCCCCAGUGGUGGGUGGAGGGCCACUUCCUGGGAUGCACUCUUCUGGUAUCUUCCAGCUGCUGCAGCAGAAUGCCUCCCACCCCAGGUUGAAGCAGCUGCUGACCUCCAGCCCCAGCAAAACAGAGCUCUUGCACCCUGAAUUGAUCAGGGCUUUUCUCCUGGAGCUCCCUCAAGAGUGGCUCGAGGACACAAGUGCUCCCACAGUAUGGGUACCCUUGAGGAGGUGUUGUGGCUCUCUACCUGGCUGUCAGUCAGCCAGCAAUGAUUGAGGCCCUAGGAGAGGAGGAUAAAGGUGCCCAAUGGUGCAGAAAGGUCUGUGUUGUAGCUAGGAGGGGGCAGCAUGCCCUGCCCAUCUCUGGGGCACUCGGGACUAUUAACCUGGCAUAUCCACUACCCAUACUCCUUGCCUCAGGCCACAUCAGCUCUUAAGCACCCAGUGAAGAUUGUCAGCAGGAUGGGUUCUGACCUGCCUCUUGCUUUUGUUACAAUAAAACUUCACAUGUUUAGAGCGCCAGUUAGCCUUUGUAAUCCCAUGUGUGCCGCAGGUCUAAGGUGAACCCAGUGGGUGCAAAUGCCUCCUGGAGGACUUGGGUUUUCUCUGAGGUGAUUGCCAUGGCCUGCUUCCUGUUUCACUUACCCUGCACAGUGCUGGCAGGUAGGGAGUAGGCCCAUGCCCUUUCAAGCCCUAGCCCAGCUAGAUAGCCCCUCACAGCCUCUCCUGGUGUACAGGGCUGUAUCUGGGACAGGGGUAAGCCACCCCUGGCUCUGAUAUGUAUUUGGGCUCCAUAAGGGCAAGGAACUCCCUGAACUGAGCUGACCCUACCUGUCCUGCAGCCUCUGGGGGCCUUGGGGGCCUCCCAUCUGUGGUCCCGCUUAUAGAGAGGGCCUGGAGCUCAGAGAGACCUGUUAGCAGCUCCCCAGCCUGGGUCUCUACCAAGUGGAACUGACUGCAGAGUGCUGGAGAGCUUCUUGUGGAACUGUGUUCACUCACGAGCCUGCUGACUGGCCUCACACCUACAUUGCUGGGGGCAGCCUUCCAUCUGGGUACCGUGUCCAGCUCCUAGACGCAAGUGCAGGAGCCUCUGACCUGGGCUUCUUAGCAAUCAAAAGCUGGGGCUGUCACACACGGGCUGCUACACAUUUUGCCUCCACCCCUCCCUGCCGUUCUGCCACUACUACUCUUCCAGCUGCCUGUCACUGCCCCUUUACCCCCUCUGGCAUUCUCACUGGGCAAAGAUCUGUCCCUCAGCCUAGCCCACCUGGCUGCUGUCAUCUGAACAGGGUACCAGGCUGCUUAUUUCCCAAGGGCCAGCCCAGGUGUGGCCCCGGAGCCAGCUGAGGGUAUAAUGGUCACAUCAGCUGUUUGCAGCCACUGAGAUCCCACUUGCCAAAGAGUGUCCCUUACAUGGAUUUGUCUGGUGAUUUUCAUGAGAUACUACUGCUCAUGUUUGUGGCAGGACAGCA